AUGAUCCGGAGAAGACGGGAGAGGCGUUAUAAGAGUAGGGGUAAGGAGUAUAAUAUUAGGAGGGUAAGCAUUGAGGUUGAGGUGGAGGUUUAG